AUGAAUGCACAGAAGGCACGCAUUGCAUGUAUGUCAAAUAAGUUUAAAAACAUAAGAGAAAUAGGUGAAGAUACAUAUCAAGUGAUGCUCAAAGAUAGAUUUUAUAGAUGUGAUACAUGUUUACAAGAGGCAUUCUUCACUUUAGAUAAUGCUAAAUACUGGUAUUUGGUUUUCAUUUAUGAUUUUAUGUAUAAAUGCAUGGAUGUUAAUCGUUUUCAUUUCAUUGAAGGUGAUACUGAUUCAUCUUAUUGGGCAAUCGCUGGCGAUCCAAGUCUUCCUAACACUCAAGCAUUUCAAGCAAUUGUAACCAAUAAACAAUUUUAUGAUAAAAACAUUUACAAAUUCGCACCUUUUGAUUUCUUCUGUUUUGAUGAGAAAUUUAAACCUAAAUUAAAGAAUAAAGCUGAAGAAAAAACACAUGAGAAGAAGUUAUUGGGUUUAGCAAUUGAGAAACAAGGUGAUAACAUGGUUGCUUUAUGCCCUAAGUGUUAUACUUCAUUCAACGGUUCAAUUGAUGGGGGUGAUUUUAAAAAGAUUGCACAAAAAAUGAAAGGUGUUAGUUUACGACAAAAUAAACAAUUAACACCUAAAAAUUAUUUGGAUAUAAUAAAUGAUAAAGUGAUAUUUGAUGGUCAGAAUAUUAAUUUACAACUUAAAAACGGGUCAAUGACUCGCUUAACAAUUGGUAAGACUGCAUUAACAGGAGCACACACUAAGGCUGUAUGUUGUGAAAAUGGAUGUUGUAUGCCAUUUAUUUAA